UCGGCUCGGUUAGGGAUCUCGCCGAGGCCGAACUCCUGGGGAAAGAGGUGGAAGAGAAGCGGAAGCAGAUGGAUCACAUGGGGGGAGAUCGCAAGGGGGGAGUGGAGGAAGAGAAGAGGAAGAAGCGCGUGGAAUCGCUGGGAUGGCUCACGGAGUCAUCGGUGAUGCCGAAGAAGCGCAAGUCCAUCGAGGGCGUCGGAGCCGCCUCCAUCGUCGAGCUCAAGGCGCAGCUCUACCGCUCCCAGGAGGAGGCACGCAAAGCCAAGGAGGCCGCCCCUGCCGAGUUCCUCCGGCCCAAAAAGAAGCCCCUUCCCUCCGAUGUCUUCUCGCACAAGAACGCCGGCGUCGAGAACCGCGCCAACAAAGAUAAGCUGGAAAUGAAGGCUAUGAAAGAUGGAUCAGCUGUUUAUGCAGCUUUAGAGAAGAAGGCUGAGCUAUAUGAAAAACUAGCUAGAGGAGAACUCCCAGAUGAGGAAGACAAAGAGAGAUAUUGUGUAGAUUUUUUCCACAAGACUCUCGAGCAAGACAAUUCACAACCACCUGAAGAACAUAGUACUCCUGCUGAUCUGCCGCAACAAAAGGAAGAUGCUCAUACUGAUGAAACCGUGUUAUUUGCUAGACCAUUUGGUCUUGGCCGCGCUGGCAGCACUGUAGAUGGUGAUGAACAUAAACGGUUUGUGAGGGAAGUUCAUGAGGAAGUUAGUCAGGCAAGGCAAAAGGCAACAAUGCUGAAGUUGCGCCGGCAGGAGCAGGAAGCUUCUCGACGCGAAAAACUGAAGCAGGCGUAUCUCAAGAAACGGCUGGAACAAUUGACCUCUGCAAAACAAAUGGCUUCAAGCGAGAAUUGCACACAGACUGUGAACAGUGAGGCUUCACAGAAAUAGGUGAAUGCAAGUCCAUUGGGCUUGAUUAUAUACAUUAUGAAGGGUGGCAAAGCCAAAGAGGCGCAAGAAGUUUGACGAUCUAAAACUGUACUCUUUCCUUGAAGAGCUCAAGUCUAACAAAACUCAUAGAUAUGAGUUUUGCGGGACCAUUGUUGGACGUGUGGUGGAAUUUA